CUUCCAAUGUGUUGUCACAUGGUUUAAUUUCACGAUAAAUUCCGAAGGUCUGGCUUAAGUUGCAUAGAGCCAUCAGUCAUCAGCAAGAUGUCGCUUCUGGUGGUCUCAUGUCUGCUGCUGCUCGGAACGGGAGUUUUCGGAACGCCUGAUGCCGAUGAGAUUAAAUUUCUCCCUGGACUUUCGAAACAGCCCAGCUUCAAGCAGUAUUCAGGAUACUUAAACGUUGCUGACAACAAGCACCUUCAUUAUUGGUUUGUUGAGUCUCAGAGUGAUCCUGUCAAAAGCCCUGUGGUUCUUUGGUUGAAUGGAGGACCAGGAUGCAGCUCUCUGGAUGGACUACUCACAGAACAUGGCCCUUUCUUGAUUCAAGAUGAUGGAACGUCAUUGGAAUAUAAUAAAUAUUCCUGGAACCAGAUUGCCAAUGUACUAUACCUUGAGUCACCAGCAGGGGUCGGGUUUUCGUACUCCGAUGACCAACAGUAUGCGACCAAUGAUACAGAGGUGUCGCUGAAUAACUACCUUGCCCUAAAGGAGUUCUUUAAGCUCUUCCCACAAUAUGCAAAGAAUAAGGUCUUUCUUACUGGUGAAAGUUACGCUGGAAUCUACAUCCCUACACUGGCUGAGAGGGUAAUGGAAGAUGAGGACAUUGAUCUCCAGGGUAUAGCUGUUGGGAAUGGGAUGUCCAGUUAUGAACUGAAUGACAACUCCCUUGUCUAUUUUGCAUAUUACCAUGGACUUCUUGGCACUAGACUGUGGGAAGCCUUGCAGACAUAUUGCUGUAAAGAUGGGAAGUGUGACUUCUACAAUAACCAGGAUGCAAACUGCACCAGUAAUCUGAACGAGGUGCAGUUUAUUGUCUACAGCUCUGGUCUGAACAUGUAUAACCUGUAUGCCCCCUGCCCUGGUGGCGUGCCAGUGAGGGCCAGUGUUGACAAUGGCCAACUUGUCAUCCGAGAUCUGGGAAACCAGUUCAUCAAACAUGAACUGUCCACUGUGUGGAACCAGAAACUUCUAAACUUGAUGACCGUAUACAAAUCUGUGAGGCUUGACCCUCCCUGCACAAACUCUACACCGUCUGUGCUCUACUUGAACAAUCCCUAUGUCAAGGCUGCUCUGCACAUCUCUCCCAAAGCCCUCAACUGGCAGAUAUGCAGUGCUGAAGUGAACAGGAAAUACAAUCGCUUGUACAUGGAUGUGACACAACAGUACCUCAAGCUUCUAGGAAAACUUAAAUACCGCAUUCUGGUGUACAAUGGUGAUGUUGACAUGGCCUGCAACUUCCUUGGUGAUGAGUGGUUUGUCGAAUCCCUCCAACAACAGGUGCAGGUGCAGCGACGGCCCUGGACCUACUACAAUGGUGACAGCCAACAGGUCGGUGGCUUCGUCAAGGAGUUCUCGAACCUGGCCUUCCUCACAGUCAAGGGAUCGGGCCACAUGGUUCCUACUGACAAACCCAUUGCUGCUUACACAAUGUUCUCCCGGUUCAUAACCAAACAGCCUUUCUGAGGGGGAUCCUGCUUACUCGUCACCACUCCCACAUUUCUUAAUGGGUCUUGCACUGGAGCACUGAAAUGCACAGCUUUCAUCCACUCUUUAGAGGUAGGGCUUUCUCCUCAGGGGUCCACAGAAAAAUCCCUGUCCUCCAAAGCCUUUCUUUACAUAUGAUUAUGACUCUGAAAUACAAUCAGCACUUGCCCUACUGUAUAUCAAUGUUUUAAAGAACGAUCUAAUGAUGAGUCUGAUGACUGCUUGUACAUUCCCUACCCAGGCUGUGCAUCAGCUCUAGUAUGUUCAGCAUUAAACUGUACCCUUUUAUCUGUAGUUUAACUACUGUGGGAAUUUUGUCUUUUAUAAACACCCCAAGGGGAUUUCUUUCUCAGUGUCAGUGAAAUUUAUACAUGGGUGUUCUGGGG